AUAACUGAUCCCUGUCUCAAUUCCUUGUGAAUUAAUUUAUCUUUUAUUGUUUCUCUUUAGCUCAAAAAAGAUUAAAACUAUGGGUUCUGGUGGAUCAAAAUCAACUGCAUUAAUGCUGUUGUUUCUCAAUCUUGGAUUGUAUAUCAUUGUUACAAUAAUAGCUGGUUGGGCAGUAAAUCAUGCAAUUGAAAGAACCCAUGAAACAGCAUCUGUGUUAUCAAUCCCGGCUCGUAUAUUUCCGAUAUACUUUCCGAUGGGAAACAUGGCAACCGGUCUCUUUGUGAUUUUCUCCCUCAUUGCGGGUGUUGUGGGGGUCGCCACCUCAGUUACCGGUGUCACCAAUGUUCUUCAAUGGGAUGCCCCUAAUUUAGGUGCCGCCGCUGCUUCCUCCCUUCUCACUUGGACCCUCACUAUGCUUGCCAUGGGGUUUGCAUGUAAAGAGAUCUACAUUGGCUGGACAGAUGCCAAUUUGCGGACAUUGGAAGUGAUAACUAUAGUUGCGAGCGCAACGCAGUUGAUAUGCACGGGUGCAAUCCAUGCUGGUGCUGAAGAAUUUACUCCAACAACCCUUGCUGCCGGAACAGUUUGACUUGGAAUUGCAUAUUAUCCCAUGAACUGAUGGACAUUCUUUCUAUCUUUCAUCAUUGUCUUUUGUAGGGAUGUAUACAUUUGUUAUGGCCUUUAAAUUUUAUUUAUAAUAAAAAAGAGAUUUGUUAAAUAAAA